AUGACCAGCAAAGAUCUCUUUCACGCCAAUGUGGUGCACCAGCCCAUAUACCAAGACUACGACCGCCCCAGCCGGUCGCUCUGGCAGUUGCUGCGGCGCCGCCAUCUGCUGCACCCCUCCGGCAUCCCUCUCUUCAACCCCGACCGGACCUACCGCAGCCACCGCCCUCUCUCCCCCGCCGAGGCUCGUUCCCUCCCCUCUGACUGGGUGGUCGUGCUGGGGAAUUGGCCAAAGUCGAGGACGCAGGCUAUGGCGAAUUUUGAAGAGGUGGAGGCGGAGGUGGUGAGGCGGUUAGGGCACGAGAGAGUGGUGGUGUUUAACGGGUUGCUGCCGAUUCUUCAAGCCAUGCAUGUGCGCUGUUGGGACCUCUCGCUCCUCAUCUUCUGCUCCGUUUCCUGA